AUUGAAAUUCCAUAAAUACCCUUCAUCACACUAACAACUCUCACUUAUUCUGUUCAACUACAUUUCCGCUCAACUUUCUUAUUUCAAUUUCCACACAUCACAGUUUCUCUCCGUUUUUCUCUCUCGCUUUUAUUGUUUACAUAUAUGGCGAAGAAAUCAUCGCCUGGACUUCCUUGGAAGACACGUGUCGCGCUAUACGUCGUCUCUGCCGUUACAGACUAUUCACGCCGUCCAAACGGCACAGUUAACCGCCGUCUCCUAUCAAUCUGCCGUCUCAGAACAUCGUCCAAUCCUAAUCCAAUCAACAACGUUAAAUCCUUUGACAUAACCGUUGAUUCUUCCCGUGAUCUGUGGUUCCGUCUGUUCAUACCAACAACAGAUGAAUCUCGGAACUUGAUUUCACUUCCCAUAAUUGUAUUCUUUCACGGCGGUGGAUUUGUUUAUCUCAGCGCUGAUACGACUGCGUACGAUGCUGUUUGCCGCCGUUUCGCGAGGAAAUUGCCGGCUGUUGUUGUCUCCGUUAAUUAUCGGCUGGCUCCGGAACACAGGUAUCCAGCACAGUAUGGUGAUGGAUUUGAUGUGUUGAAGUUUCUUGAUAAUGAGAAGAACAGGGGGAUAUUGCCGGAAAAUGUUGAUUUGUCUUGUUGCUUUGUUGCCGGAGAUAGUGCCGGAGGUAACAUCGCUCAUCAUGUCGCUAAACGUGCAUCGGAGUUGACGUCGGACUUCAACUCACUUAAGGUGAUUGGACUGGUGGCUAUACAACCGUUUUUCGGAGGGGAAGAACGAACCGAGGCAGAAAUAAGGCUAGCAAAAAUUGACCCAUUGGUAUCAUUGUCUCGGACAGAUUGGAUGUGGAAGGCAUUCCUGCCUCCAGGUGAAGGGAUAGACCGGGACCAUGAGGUUAUUAAUGUUAGCGGUCCAAGAGCUAUUGAUAUAUCAAAGCUGGACUUUCCGGCAACAAUGGUGGUGGUGAGUGGUUUUGAUUCCCUUCAAGAUUGGCAAAGGAGGUAUUAUGAGUGGUUGAAGAAGUCUGGAAAAGAAGUUUACCUAUCAGAGUAUCCAACCAUGGUGCAUGCUUUCUACAUUUUCCCUGAGCUUCCUGAAUCUACACAACUAAUUCUUGAGAUUAAAGACUUCAUUUAUAAGCAAUGCUCUAAGGUUGUGAAGACUUGAUGUGUCAUAUAUAUUGCUUCUUCACCAACCAAGACAUCAAAUCAUAUGUGAUAAUUAUACGGUUCUCAUGGAGCUUAAACCAGUAUGUGGUGCUGUUUUAGUAAAAAAUUGUUGGUACUUUCUAUAGUUACCCCUAUUGUAAUUUAAUUGUUGCUAAGUUAUUUCCUCCGGAUCCCCUAGCCUUAUGGGGCUCCUUUGGAAAAAUCUAUAAGUUACAUGUAUAUAUAUAUAUUACUUUUGUU